AAGCCAUUCAUGGCCAGAUUGAGGCUGUUUCUACUUCUGCUGCUGGCCCUGCCACCACAGCCCUCCUCCUCACUGCCAUGGCCAGACACUGCACAGGGCACCAUGGCAGGCCUGAUCCUGACUGCGCUAGAGAAAGCCACCUUGUUCCUGGAGGACAGGCUGCCUAAUAUCAACCUGGACGGUGCUGUGGGAUUCCAAGUGUUGGAAGUGCAACUCCAAGGAGUCCAGAAAAAAUGGGCUUCCAACCCCCUGCUGCGGCCUCUCAGCCUGCGUGCUGGACAGUUGGCCAACACGCUGUCUGUUCUGCUCCAAAAAUCCAUCUUCUACCUCAAGAAGAGUGACCCCACAUACCUAAGAGAGUUCCAACCAAGCCUUCAGCCUGGGUUUUGGAAGCUGCCCCAUGCCUGGACCCGCACCAAUGCCUCCCUGGUCUACCCCUGGCUGGAGCCUGUGGAUUCGUUCUCAGAGGAAAGCAGCGAUGCAUGUCUGGUGCAGCUGCUAGGAACAGGGACAGACAGCAGCCAGCCUUGCAGGCUCUCCAAUUUCUGCAGAACCCUUAUGACUAAGGCCGGCUGCUCAGACUACAGCCUGUCCCACCAGCUGCUCUUCUUCCUCUGGGCCAGAAUGCAAGGGUGCACCGGGGGGCUGUUCCACCAGAGCCAGCACUACAUUGACAUCUUCUGUGCGAACAUGAUGGAACUGAACCGGAGAGCUGAGGCCGUCGGAUAUACCUACUGCACCCAAGACCUCUUCAUGGAAAACAUCAUGUUCUGCGGUAUGGCCGGCUUCUCUGACUUCUACAAGCUGCGCUGGCUGGAGGCUAUUCUCAGCUGGCAGAAGCCCCAGUUGGGAUGCUUCGGGAAGCCUGAUGCAAAGGGAGAGCUUCCGGAAGACACGCCACAUCGGCAGGGCGUUCUGAGAAGAGUACGGAGACGGGAAAAAAUGUUCACAGACGGCUGCUCUUGCCACAACACAGCCACCGCAGUCGCAGCCCUGGGUGGCUUUCUCUACAUCCUGGCAGAAUUCCACCCAGACAAUGGAGAGCCACAUCCACCCGCACAGUCACCAGAGAGCAGCUAUCAAGAUGGCACUCCCAUGCCUGAGGGCCAGAGGACUGGCAUGUCUUCUUAGAUCCUGGGGUCAGGGGUCACAUGCUGAGGGGGCAUCUGGGGAAAGUGAGCAGCUAUAAUCCCAUCGCCACAUCUGGGUAUUUAGAAGUCUUGACAGCGGGUCAGGAAAGACAGGGCUGGAGAACGGGGUGGACCCGAGGUCAGCAGAAUACACAC